AUGGAUUUCGACGAAGGGAAGCGAAGUUGCAGAAGGAAGUUAGAGCGGCAUAACACGCGAAGGCGGAGAAAGCCUCCGGUGGACUCCGGGGGUACUGCUCACGGCGAACAGGAAGCUGUUACUGAGAAUGAGGAAAACAAUUAUGAUGCGGAAGCAGGAAAAGAUUGUUCAAAUUUGAGUACUGAGAUCAACGAGAUAGUACUGUUGCCAGAUCAUGAACAUGAACCUGUUCCCACUCUGAGAGCGGAUCCAUAUGCCCAGAAUGUUAAUAGUGAUAAUGUUGUGUCUUUGGUUGUUUCCGGCGAAACGCGAGUGAAUAGUGGGAACACUUCUAAUUCGCCUUCUUAUUGUGAUAAUAAGAGUGCCUACACGUCUAUGUGUCAAACAGGUCGAAUUUCGUUUAAGCUUUAUGAUUGGAAUCCUGCGGAAUUUCCUAGAAGGCUACGACACCAAAUAUUUGAAUGGUUGGCAAGUAUGCCUGUAGAGUUGGAGGGUUAUAUUCGUCCUGGGUGCACGAUCCUGACAAUUUUUAUUGCAAUGCCUAACAUUAUGUGGAUAAAUUUACGGAAAGACUCGUUGGAAUAUGUAAACGAUCUUGUUGCUCCUGGAAAGAUGCUAUCUGGAAGAGGGACUGCGCUAGUUCAUCUGAAUGACAUAAUCUUCCGUGUUAUGAAAGAUGGAACUUCUCUGACGAAAGUCGAGGUAAACUUGCAGGCUCCGAGGCUUCACUAUGUUCAUCCCACAUGCUUUGAGGCUGGCAAACCUAUGGAGUUUGUUGCUUGUGGAAGUAACUUGCUGCAGCCUAAAUUUCGGCUUCUUGUAUCAUUUUCUGGAAAGUAUCUGAAAUAUGAGUAUUGUGUACCAUCUCCACAUAAAUGGACUGAAGACAAUAUUUCUUGUGCUUUUGACGAUCAGUUAUACAAGAUAUAUGUCCCUCAUACAGAGGAAAGUCUCUUUGGGCCUGCAUUUAUUGAGGUGGAGAACGAGUCUGGUUUAUCAAACUUUAUUCCUGUACUCAUUGGGGAUAAAGAAAUUUGUUCUGAAAUGAAGACACUGCAGCAAAAAUUAGAUUUAUCGCUCCUUUCUAAACAAUUCCGGUCUGCAUCUGAUGGUUCUAUCUGCAGCUCGUGUGAAACAUUUGCACUUAGUCACACAUCAUCAGACUUACUUGUAGAUAUUGCAUGGUUGAUUAAGGACAACACUUCAGAAUUUUUUGACAGAGUGAUGACAGCUUCACAAAUCCAAAGAUAUUGUCAUUUGUUGGAUUUUCUGAUGUGCAAUGAUUCAACAAUCAUUUUGGAAAAAAUAUUACCAAAUUUGAUAACCUUGACAGAAGGCAUGAAAUCCAACUUUGUGAUUAAUAGGAUGAGUGAUAUUCAUACAUCGCAAAUCCUGAAUCAAAUACAUAAUGCUAAAAAUGCCAUAUAUCAGAAACAUCCGAAAAAUGGAAGUAUAAUUGUGCUCUCUGAAAUGAAAGACUUUAAACUUGCUCAGGGCUGCUCCCAAGAUAACAAGCUCCCAGUUGCAGUUAACAGUCAGGGUAUCCUGUCAAGAGCAGAUGCGAAGUGGGGAAUACUGAAAAGUCUAACUUCUAAUGACAAAAAUGAAAGAAUACCUCUUCUGAAGAGAGAUAUUAUAAUGAAUGUGGAAGAGUUGCCUGAAAGAUAUGGUCGUGGAUGUUUGGGCAGGGGGUUCUUGAUCUCUCGACCAGCGAUUUUUGUAAUUGUUUCGAUUGCUGUUUGUCUUGGGGUUUGUGUAGCUGUCCUUCAUCCUGGAAGGGUUACUGAGUUAGCAGUAUCCGUUAGAAGGUGUUUGUUUAACUAUUAG